UAAGUAGUACAGGACUCAACAAGCAGACAGCAUUCAUCGAACAAUUUUCUAACGGUUGUUGCCACACCUUUUACCAUCGGAUACAAUUACCACCACAACAUUGUAUUGAGCAUAUGUUCGACCAAUUUGAACGCGUUAACAUAUGAUAGUUUUGUGUUGUUGCGUUACAAGAGUUUAUAAUUAAUUAAUUAAUAAUACUAUUUAUCUGAGACUGUGUUAAAACGGUAUAAUUAAUGUAUAUGAAAUUUGCCGAUAGUAAAUUGAAUUAGUAUAAUAUCAAAUUAAAAUGGCAAUCGUUUUAUUGGAUACAUGAACAUUGAAGUAAUAACUUUAGUUAGAAACGCUGGCCGGAGGGUUGUUAUUUUGUGUGACUUUUGAUUAUGCCUGCAUAGUGUGUGUUGAACAUGAUGGAAAUGAAUAAUUCAAAAGAAGACGUGAAUUCUAGGUGUCUUAUAAGUACUCAACCGGUACAUUCGGAUAAAGAUAUCAAAAACUUUGAAAUUGCAAAUUCUAAAUGUUUGAUAACAAAAUCUGUAAAUUUGGACCAAGCUAUCGAAAUUGUUGGAUUUGGGAAUUUUCAUUACUACAUAUUAUUCAUUUGCGGAUCGCUAUUUGCAGCAAUCUCCAUUAGCGUGACGUCAGUGUCUUUCAUUAUACCGUCAGCACAAUGUGAUUUUCAAAUGACUUCUGUCCACAAAGGCAUUCUUAAUGGAGCUUCCAUGAUAGGAAUGUUCUUUGGCUGUUUUAUAUCGGGUUACAUGGCGGAUUCCAAAGGCAGAAAGUAUACAUUGAUCGUCUGCAUGAUGAUUGAUGGUAUAUUCAACAUCAUAUCUAGUGUAUCUCAGAUUUAUCCAAUAUUAAUAUUCUGCAAGUUGAUGAGUGGAUUUGGAGUGUCUGGUGUUACUGUAUUCUAUUCAUAUCUUGGAGAGUUCGUGAGCACCAAAAAUCGUGAAAAAUUUCUUUGUUGGAUGGAACUGUUUUGGACAUUUGGUGUAAUUUUACUUCCAUGUAUAGCAUGGUUAGUUAUACCACAAACAUUUAGAAUCGAAUACGGUUUCUUUUUGUUCAGGUCAUGGAAUUUAUUUGUAAUUAUUUGUGCGCUUCCGAGUAUAAUAUUUUCAUGUUUGUUGGCUAAAUUGCCAGAAAGUCCAAAAUUCUUACUUGCCAAGGGUAAACACGACGAGACCAUCGAUUGCUUGAAAUUCGUUUAUAGAUGGAAUAAUAAGACUGAUGAUAAUUUUCCGGUAACUUCAUUAACGUUACCAGAUUAUAUUUAUGAACAGAGUAAUAGCUUCUUUAAUGGACUUUACAAUAGUAUUUUGGAGCUGUUUACUUCUAAAUUCAAAGUUGUGGCUAUCAUGACAUGUGUGAUACAAUUUUGUUGUACUGCCAGUUUUUACAUGAUGGUUUUGUGGUUCCCAGAGUUGAUGAAUAGAUUUCGAUGGUAUGAAACAUCAUAUUCAGGUCCUAAAAACAUGACAAAUAUGUGUGAAAUUGUGUCUUUGUUUAAAAUUGAACCCGAAGAGAUUGAUCUUAAAUGCAAUGAUGAAAUAAAUCAAUCUGUAUAUGAGAACAUUCUCAUCAUCGGUAUUGCAUGUAUACCUACAAGUAUAAUUGUGCCACUAUUAGUCAAUAAAUUUGGAAUUAAAUUGUUCUUAGUGUUAAGUUUUUUCGGAUCGGGUCUUUCCUCGGCUUGUUUGUACUUCAUUACGUCUUCAUUUGAGAAUAUCGUGUUAUCUUCUGUAUUUGAAGCUCUUUCCAGCUUGGGUAUUGGUCUAGUAUUUUGCAUAAGUGUUGAGCUAUUUCCUACAGAGUAUAGGGGUGUUGCCGUAUCUAUAGGUUCCAUGUUUGGCAAAGUAGGUGCGGUUAUUGGCAAUAUUGUAGUUGGUGUUUUUAUUGAUGCACAUUGUAUGGUUCCUAUUUUAGUAUCGUGCUCUUUUUUGAUCAUUUCAGGAUUAUUAGUAUUAACAUUGCCAAGAACUGGAAGGACUGCCAUAAAAUGAAAAUGUAAUAUUAGACGAGAGAACUUUGAAUUUGUAUUAUUAAAAAAAAAUAUUACAUCCUGUUUUUUUAUUAUUCUUUAGAUGUGAAUUUUACAUGAAUGUAUUAGUGCUGAGUAUGUAUUAUUUUGUACACACAUUAUUGUCUGUACAAAAUUGAAUAUCUUUAUCAUGUAUUAUGUAAGUAAAUAAAUAUUAAUUAAAAUUUUUAAACAAAUAUUUAUAAAAAAAGGUAGGAAAGUGUGUUAAAUUUGAAUUCAAUGAUACAUCAUUGAAUAAUGUAAAUAUACGAAAAACGAUUCUGAACGGAGACGA